AUGGUUCUUUUCUUUUUCCCAGGAUCUUCAUCACCCGUAGCAAAGAGUAGGAAGCGAGAUCGCUCGCCUGAUCGACAUUGUGACCCACCCAACAAGCAUCGUCGACAAACCACCAGUACUCAGGAUACACGCAGUUAUCAUCCCCGUUCCCAACCUAGCAACCAUGCUGCAGACCUUGACCCUGAAACGCGAUUGAUAUGCCGUCGAUUGCCAUCCCAUCGUAUCACUGAGACCCAACUUGAGGAUCAUUUCAGUCGCUAUGGCGAAGUAUUGGAGGUCGUUAUCAAACCCACCUACAGCUUUGUUCAAUUCACCAAUGCUGACACGUGCUUGGCUGCCGUACGUGGUGAAAAUGGAAGACGUUGUCAUGGCAACACACUUUAUCUUGAAGUGUGUAGAAACCGACCAGGAGGCAUAGACCGACGACGCCGUGACAAUGAUGACAACAACGAGCGAUUAGUCCAUGUACAACACCGUGAAAGCAAAAAGAAUCGUCAUCGUCAUGAACACCCAUCUGAAAAAGAAGCCGCCCCUAUUGUUCAAAUCCUUGCCACAACCGAUGCUGAUCGUUCUUAUUUGGAUCACGUGCUUCAAUGUGUUGAAGAUCUUGGUAUCGACACCCAAGCCGUUUACUAUGACCCUGAGACCACCUCCAAAGAUUUGGCUGUCAAACGAAUGAUUGUUAAAGGCGUACAAGCUGUGAUUGUCAUUGAACCCGGAUAUGAACUUAAGGAUAUUGCGGAUCUUCAAGUGUUUGAGCGUACAGACGAUACCAAAGACAGCAAUGUUAGAUUUGAUGAAUAUGAAAAUGUUGGUCUAAAUGACAUCCUAUUGAUUGUUCAUCGAUCACUCUCAAAGUCCAAUGGCCAAUCCAGCCCACUCCAAGAGUCUACUACUCCCUCUCAUCUCUAUGCUCAGCAGCAUCAACCACCUCCCAUCGCACCUGGUGUCCCUCCUCACCAACCAUUUUCUCUUGUGUCUCAUCAACAACGACAUCCAAUGCCACCAUCUUAUCCUUAUCAACAUCCAGUGCCACCACCACCACCAUUGCAUCAUGCACCACCACCUCCCAUGAAUGGAUUACAUCCACCAACAGCAUCCGCUGGUAUCCCUUCUCCAUUCCAACAAUAUCCCCCACCACCUAUGGCAGCACAUGGUAAUGGUAAUGGUAAUGGCAUUAUCCCUCCACCGCAGCCUUCUAGUGGUGCCCCUAUGCAUAAUGCACCUCCACCUCCACCUCCAUCUGCCCAUGCAAACAGCAACAACCUGGAUAUUGGAGCACUUAAUCAUACAAUCCAUUUAUUGCAACAAGUAAUCCAACAACAACAAAGUACGCAGAAAUCUAUCAAUAUGCAAGAACACAAUGCCACACUUGCAUCCAUCCAACAAACAUUGUCAUCCUUGAUGUUGUCACAGCAACAACAGCAGCAGCAACAACAACAACAACCAUCCCAACAAGGAGCUGUUGCUACCCCACCUAGCAAUGUAUUGCAUCAAAUGGCAUCCCAAUUAUCAGCUCUUGCUGCUGCUGCUGCUGCCAAUGGCUCUCCUUCAAGUAUCCCACCACAACCACCACAACCACAAUCUGUGGAUUAUCCCUCUUUUGGUGGCUACCCACAACCACAACAACCACCCGUUUCCAUGCUUCAGCAUCCCCAUCAUGGCCCUGUUCUCACAGCAACACCUACCUAUAACCACACAUCACCUUCCCCCUCCCCUGCAUCCCCACAUCCUCCUUCUCAUCAACAACAAUACCCUACAGAUUCAUCUACCAUGAUUCCCAGUGUUAACGAGCUUUUAGGAAAGAUCAAGGACCUCUCAAAGCAGGUGAUGCCUCCUUCAUCUUCAUCAUCAAGCAUUUCCACUCGAAAUCCUCGUCGACGUACAUAG